UGUCAUUGUCAAACGUGAACAUGGCGGCUGUGCUGCUGUCAAAUAAGAAAAUAGGAAAAAUAUUUUUAUAUCACAAUAAAUUCAGUAAAAAUGGUUUAGUUAGCAAAUACUUUAUUUUAGACAAACAGAGCAGUUAUGGGAUUGGUAAAAAUUGCGCGGCUGCCUGUUAUUUUCGACACUACUCGACCCCCGCCCCUGGUAGUUCCGGUGGAUCUGAUACGGCUAAAAAUGUAUUGGCGGCAGUUUUGGCCAACAAACCAAAAACGGGAAAAAUCCCGGUCGGUAUCCAUAAGAGAGACUGCUUUCAUCCAGGCGCAUCUGUUUUGUCUCGUGAAGAUAUAAACCUGGGGGAUGCGAAGCCGGUCAGCGGUACAGACAUGAUCAGAGGGAUGAUGGAGUAUGUUUGGCCGAAGGAUGACAAAGCAAUCCGAGACCGAGUAGUGAUGUCCCUCUCACUUCUGUUUGGUGCGAAAGUGAUGAACAUAUCCGUCCCGUUCUUCUUCAAGUAUGCCGUUGAUGAAGUGAACAAGGGCAUGGCAGUGGCUAAUGGAGGAGAACUGAUACUGGGCAUGGAGACCGUCCCGCAGGCUGUGGGCACUACGGUGUUCAGCCUUUUGGUUGGUUACGGCAUAGCGCGCGCCACCGCCGCCGGCUUCAACGAGCUCCGCAACGCGGUUUUCGCGCGCGUCGCCCAACACUCGAUACGCAAGCUGGCGUGCAACGUGUUCACUCACUUACACAGCCUGGACCUCAGCUUCCACCUGGGCAGGCAGACUGGCGCGCUGUCUAAGACGAUAGACCGAGGCUCGCGUGCUAUAAACUUCGUUCUCUCUGCAAUGAUAUUCAACGUGGUGCCCACAAUAUUCGAACUGUGUCUCGUGUCGUCCAUACUGGGGCUAAAAGGAGGGCUUGCUUUCACUGGCCUAGCCUUCGGCUGCGUAGGCGUGUACGCAGCCUUCACUCUGCUAGUGACGCAGUGGCGGACGCAGUUCCGCGUGCACAUGAACCGAGCGGAGAACGACGCGGGCAACAAGGCCGUCGACUCGCUCAUUAACUAUGAGACUGUCAAGUACUUCAACAACGAAAAGUACGAGCUCGAGAAGUACGAUGAGAGCCUCAAGAAGUACGAAGCUGCUUCUCUCAAGACGGCCUCUUCACUCGCGUUGCUGAACUUCGGACAACACGCGAUAUUCAGCGGCGGGCUCAGUCUCAUCAUGAUCAUGGCUGCUAAUCAGAUUGCUCAAGGACACAUGACAGUAGGAGACCUAGUGAUGGUGAACGGGCUUCUCUUCCAACUGUCCAUCCCGCUCGGCUUCCUCGGCUCAGUGUACCGUGAAGUGAGACAAGCACUGAUAGACAUGCAGACCAUGUUCACUCUGAUGACUGUGCAGUCGCGGAUUAAGGAAAAGACCCAAGCUGCCCCUCUAAUAGUGGACGCGAAAACAGCGACGAUAGACUUCAAUGAUGUGAGCUUCAAGUACAUCAAUGGAAAGCCUAUUUUCAACAAUUUGACUUUCUCUAUACCAGCCGGGAAGAAAAUCGGUAUUGUUGGAGGAUCAGGAAGUGGUAAAUCGACGAUGGUGCGCCUACUCUUCCGUUUCUUCGAGCCACAGUCCGGCAGCAUCUCCAUCGCAGGGCAGAACAUCCGCGACCUCGACUUGAUGAGCUUGCGGAAGUCCAUCGCUAUUGUGCCUCAGGACUGCGUUCUGUUCCACGACACGAUAUUCCACAACCUUCACUACGGCGACUUGUCUCGGUCGCGGGACGACGUGUACAAGGCCAGUCAGAUGGCCGAGCUACAUGACUCUGUUAUUACUUGGCCUAAGGGCUACGAAACCCAAGUGGGCGAGCGAGGUCUGAAACUUUCAGGCGGAGAGAAGCAGCGAGUGGCGAUCGCGCGAGCUAUUCUGAAGGACGCGCCUAUUAUCAUAUUUGACGAGGCCACGUCUAGUUUGGACUCGCUUACUGAGCAUGCAAUCCUACAAGCGCUAAAAGCAGCGACCGUCGGCCGAACCUCAAUCUGCAUCGCGCACCGACUGUCAACAGUGGCUGAUGCAGACGAGAUACUAGUCCUAGAGCACGGGACGAUCUCCGAGCGAGGCACCCACGACCAGCUGAUCAACAACCCUAGCUCGCUGUAUUCCAGAUUGUGGGAUAAGCAGAAUAAGGACGCGAGUCAACUGCCACCGCCGCCGCCGUCGCCAGUGCCGCGGCGAUAGUGGU